UGGCGAGAGGAGGACAUUGCUAUGUCACUCCUUCGGAUGAUAGUGAACAACAUCUCCCAGAUAGCUUCGCUCACCGCUGCCGGACAGAACGUGAAGAAGACUGUGUUCACCGGAAGCUUUUUGCGUGGCCCCGUGGUAAACGUGCUGAGAUCUGCGAUGCAGUUCUGGUCUCCGGCAGCACAGCCAGUUUUCCUCCACAGCGAUUACCUCAAAACGGCCGGUGCAUUCUUGGCAGGGCCUCGGUGUUGCUCCACUCCUCCCAUGACUAAAAAGGGAUACACUCCUCCUCAUUUGAGGAGGGCACCGGAGCCACUUUCAGCUGCAACCAAGGAUGAGCUGAGCUCAACAUUGCUCAAUGCCGCGCGAUGCCUCAAGGCGUCCGGAGAUUUGUCGGAGAGGACGUUUAAUUACAUUGUCAAGGAUCUCUGCGGCGGUGAGCUGGGAACAAAGCACAUCAACACCAAGUUCAAUGAAGAAUUCACGUUGAUCAAACAGCUUGGAAGAGGUGCUGACGGUGUGGUUUACAUGUGCCGACACAAGUUUGACGGACAAGUGUACGCGGUAAAGCAGAUCCAUGUCCGGAAAGACCUUGAGAGUGUCAUGAAGGAAGCAAGAACACUUUCAACUCUGGCUCAUGCAAACAUUGUGAAAUAUCAUACUUCUUGGUGGGAGGAGCAGCCUGGUGGGGGUUGUGUGGUGUACAUCCAAAUGCAAUACUGCACGAGCUCGUUAAAAGAUAUGCUGGAAGAUCCAAAAGCCUUGAUCCCGGUGGCAGCGUUCAACGAGCUCGUUCAAGCUGUUGAGUACCUGCAUGAAAAAAAAAUCAUUCACAGAGACAUCGCUCCGAAGAAUAUCUUUUUCGACGACUAUAAUCGCCUGAAACUGGGAGAUUUCGGGCUGGCGAAGAAGAAGUUGUCGCUCCCGAGAGAGGGUGGGAAAGUUGGGACAGGCAUGUACUCCUCGCCAAAGCAACUCGAGAAUGAGAUGGCUUCCGAUAUUUUCAGCCUGGGGAUGAUACUUUUCGAGCUCAAUUGCCGCUUCUCACCCGAGAACCAAGACAGAGACUCCACGAUGCAGCUGGCUAAGGAUGGCAUCUUCCCAAAGGAGUGGGAAAUUGCAAACCAGGAAUUGGCAGAGAAGAUUCGGAGCAUGCUACAUCCAAACAGGAGCCUCAGGCCGACAGCCAGCCAGAUCCUGGCUUCUCUCCCGUAGAAACAACAUUCCAUUAGAGAAUGUAAUGGACCUCAGUCCCACUUUCUCACCUCCGCGGGCUAAUGGCUGUCCCCUGGUGCUAGGCUCAUUCUCCACCGAUCAACUUCAAGCUUCCAGCAAAAUGGAAUGCUUUCUCGAGGUCAAAAACCAGAUCAACGACCGGUGUGAAGACCAAAGACGACCGGAGACCACGUUGGCCUCUACCCAAAUGGUUGCUUCUACAAUUGCAUGCAUGAUCCAUGCAAUUUUGGCUCGCCUCGCUAGAGCUUGCACUGCAGCAAAAGGUGGCGGAGAGGUUGCAAAACCUUUGGCCACCACUUAUUUUGAGAAAAUGAGAAUAAGCACACACUCAAAUUUGAAUAGAUAAAGCUUGAUCA